AUGGGCAGCCGGCCCCGCAGUCCCAGCGCCUGCCUUGCGCCCUGGUGGGGACAGCAGCCAGGAGGACCAGGCCCUGCCAAGCGCAGCCGAUUGGAGGAGCCCGCGGACCCCGAACCCCGCGCGGCGCCCAGCCCGGAAGACCCGGCGGGGAUCCCGGCAGUGGACGCGCUCACCUCCGUGGUGGUCCUGGCCGCGGGCUGUGCCCUGCGUGUGCCCCUGGAGAACGUCGACCUGGUGCUGGAGCUCGCGCCUAUGUCGGUCCUGCGAGUGUCUCUUGGUGGACACACCCUCAUCCUGAUCCCGGAGGUCCUCCUAAGCUCCGUCGACGAACGCUCAGGAGCGCAGGGCGACUCGUCUGCCGGCCUGGAAGUGGACCUUUUCCUGGGCGCUCACGGGGAAGACGUCGUCGUCCAGCAGGAAGUCUUCUGCGCAUCUGUCCCAGAGAUCGCUGCCGAGGAAGAGGCCUACGAGGAGGACGCGGACUCUGAAUUCCCGGAGCUCUGCAUGGACUCCGCAUCCGGCUCAGCCGCUGGGCUCUACCCCUCCGCUAGAAGUAUGUUCAGCCCCUACCGGGAGGGCCCCAUCCCAGGGCCCUGUGCUCCGGCCUCCAACCCCAGUUCAGAGAGACGCUCUCCAAGCCCCAUCUUCGACCCAGAAUUCCACCUUCUGGAGCCUGUCUCCAGCUCACCUCUCCAACCUCUACCUCCCUCUCCAAGUCCAGGUCCCCACGCGCGCCCGGAGCUCCCAGAGCGCCCUCCGUGCAAGGCCCGGAGACGCCUGUUCCAGGAAUGAGCUGCCUCCCACAAUCCCUUGCCACGCUACUGGGCUCCAGGCGACUGUC